AUGCGUAAUACUGAAAUCAAAGCGAAGGUUGAAGACGUGAAACGUUUAACGGAGUUGGCCAGAGAACUAUGUAAGGGUCAGGACUGUACUGUGCUGCAACAGUACGAUACCUUCUUUAAGUCGCCUUCAGGACGGCUGAAACUCAGACUAGAGAAUACUAACAAUAGGAAGGAAGUUUCAGAAUUAAUUUUUUACGAGAGGCCAAAUACUGAGGGACCAAAGCUUUCAAGUUUCCACAAAGCUUCUGUGAACGACCAUGAAAAUUUAAGGAAGGUACUAGAACUUUCAAUGGGUGUUCUUGGCGAAGUUAGGAAAAGACGUAUUCUUUUUCUUCACGAACAGACGCGAAUCCAUAUUGAUGAUGUUGAAGGGAUCGGAACUUUUGUGGAGCUUGAGGUGGUACUGCGACAUGACCAAACGCCCGAAGAAGGGAAGGCAAUAGCAGAGUCUAUAAUGGAAAAACUGGAGAUCAAACCAGAACAUCUUAUUGCUGGAUCUUAUAUGGAUUGUCUACUGAAGUCUUCAGAGAAAUAA